ACCUCUUUUCAAACCAGAAGAAAUCACUCGUGGACACUUUCCUUAAACACUAUUAUUAACUCCAAAAAAUUUGUAGAUACUAAUGCUAGCAGAUUGUUUUUUCCCCUAAAAGCAAGUCUUCUUCCCUAGGGUGAGGCAGAUCAUCUAGAUGAAUUUCUCUUAUAAAAAUGCUCCUCAAAUUCAUACAGAAAAGGAUAGCACAAAACUGCUGUGUGGAAAAACCUAUAAUUUACAACUGGCCUAUUCCCCACUUGAUUUUGCUGGCAUAUUUCAGGUACUUGUCAGAAUACCACUUCAUACUUUUUCCCAUAUACCAGACUCUUGUGAGAAUACAAUCAAUAUAUUUAAAAUGUCUUGGGUGAUAUUAAUGGAAACAUAAAUUCUGAGUAAGAAAUUCAGUGGUUAAGUGUAAAAUGUUUAUUUUAGUGAAAUACAAGAAGGUGAGCAAUUUCCAAUUUCCGUUUAACUUGACUUAUUAAAAAUAAGUCUCAUUCACAUUCUUCUAGUAUUAUUGUAUAUUUCUAUAAAAUUUAAACCAGAAAAGUGCUUCUCCUUGUCGGUAGUUAUCUGCCCCAAAAAUUGAAUAUGACAAUUCCAGGUCUUAUCUGCCAUCUCUAAGAAAGCCACUUGGAAAUGUUAGGUAGGUCUCAUGGGUCCUGAUCCAGGGAUCUGUCCCUGGGUCCCCAUCAGGCUCGGCUGCAGGCAGUUGCCUAAGGCGUCCUCCGCCUUCAGCCACGCUGCAAUCCUUGCUCCAGGCACUGCGGCAGGUUCUCUCCAUGCCCCCAGGAAGACUCUCCAAACCCGGCCAGCUCAUUUCUCCUGCCCCGGAGGAUCCAGACGCCCUGGCAGCUCCUGGGCUCCAGAACCGAGAAUGGGAUGCUGCCUCCAAUCCCAAUUGCCCCAAGUUUCUUUCCAGAGGGCCCGGAGGCUGCUCCAAGUUUGCUCUGCCGGGCGAGCGGCCGCGCGCCGUGUCCUGGGAGGGGGGCGGCGGGGGGCGCGGGCGGAGGGCGGGGAGGGGAAGGACGCGGGAGCCGGGUUUGUGGUGGGGGGGGGGGCACCGGGAGGGGGAGGAGCAGGAGCGCGCGGCCUCGGCGCUACCUUUCUCCAAACAACGUUGCCACACGCGGAGAGCACGGAGAUUUCUGGGGCUUUGGAGGGAAUCGUGAGCGGGCGGGAGAAGGCUGGGGACCACACAGCUCUGGAAGAAAACACAUUGAAUUCAUCAUCAUGGUUAACCUUUGGAGAGAGAGAGGAGACCAGGAUGAAGGAGCCAGUCGAAGGUCUGUAUUUCUCUACCUGGACUACCCUGAGAGCUAACUGCAGUUAUUGGUCUGGAAGCAAUGAAUGAAGGCCGGGGCAGAGCUUGAGGAAGGCAAUAUCAUCUCGUCACAGUCACCAUCAAGAAUCUAGUUGCAGGCUGGGUGCUGUGGCUCACGCCUAUAAUCCCUGCACUUUGGGAGCCGAGAUCUGAAGAAGAAAAUAGAAGCAACAUUCGAAUUAACAUCAGUCAACUGAUGGAAUAUUUUAGAUGAAGUAAGAGAAGCCAAGGCAUGUACCCUCAGGCUCUGGGCUUCUCCCUGCAAGGUUGGGAAGAAAUUUGGAGGAGGCAAAAUGGGAGCAAGUCAGAUGGAAGAGACAUUAUGGGUCAGGUGGGUGAGAACUGUGGGAGGGAGGUUCAGGGUGCUCCGUUUGGCGGGUUUUUCAUAGUGCCUGUGCAGUCCAGGGCUCUGAUUUCUGUAAGCAGAAUGAUAUCAUUCAUUCUUUUACUCAUCUAUUUGUUAAGUCAACAUUUAUUGAGAGUCUCUUAUGCUACUCACUGUGCUAGGUGGUAGGGGUCAAAGAUGAAUAAAACGAUGUUUCCUUGUUUUUCAGAAAUUCAUAGUGUAGUGGGAGGUGGACAGAAAUGCCAUUGACUAUUGAUUGCCUGACACUGACAGGUGCUGAAAUAGAGGAAUAUAAGGGAUGCCAUGGGAGGCCAGAUGAAGUGAAAAACCCACUCUUACCGGUGUGUGUGCACACACAGGAGGAGUUAUGCAAUGCCUUGUCUGGUUUCCUGUCCUGGCAUAUUUCCAUUGCUCAUUUCUAGAGCCACUUGACCAUAAUGGCUGGUCAGGGAUAAUGUAAAGAAUCUUCAUUUGGCAGCUCUGAGGAGUGCCCAGUCAACCUUCCCUUCUGUCCUCAGCACAUACACCUAGUUUCUUCCUCUGCUUUUGUGACUCAUCUCCUCUUGUACCCUACACAUCUUUUCUAUUUUUAUACCUCUUGCACCCUCAAAGAUCCCUUGAAUCUCUCUUGCCUAAACCUCUUUUAGGCAAAUCCUACCUCCUAUUCUCUAUACCUGCUUUGAGAGAAGGGGAAAAUGUCUUCAUAUAUGCACUAAUUAGGCCCCUUGAUGGUCUAAUUUCAGCCUUACCUUGUUUCGUUUUGUAAGUGAGCCCCAGGGAAGUUAAGUAAUUUGUCCAAAUUCACAGAACUAGAAGAGAAAAAAGCAGGACAUUGAAUGUAGAGCCAAUAUUCAGAGUACCUGAUUUUAGACCCAGCAUUCAAAGCACCGACUGUUAUGGUCUGAAUGUGUUCCCUCCAGAUUCAUGUGUUGAAAUCCUAACCCCCAAGCUGAUAGUAUUAGGAGGUGGGACCUUUUCAGAUGUGAUUGGGUCAUGAAUGUGCAGCCCCCAUGAUUGGGAUUAGUGCCCUGUCGAAUAGGAGAGACUGCAGAGAGCUAGCUAGCUCCUUUUCACCAUGUGAGGGCACAGCGAGACAGCCCUGUCUAUGAGGAAGUGGCCCUCACCAGACACUGCUGGCACCUUGA